AUGAAGGAAGAAGAAAGCCUCCUCUCCACCCAAACCCAAUCGGGCCAACUUCUGCACUACUGGGGCAACACCCCAGAGCAAGAAUACUACAGUCUCCAAGGCAUCAAAGCCUCCAAAUCCUUCUACACCUCACCCAGAGGCCUCAAGCUCUUCACCCGGCAAUGGCUGCCCCUUCUCUCCCCUCCACGUGGCCUCAUCUUCAUGGUCCACGGCUACGGCAACGACAUCAGCUGGACCUUCCAAGCCACCCCAAUUUUCCUCGCCCAACAGGGUUUCGCCUGCUUCGCUCUCGACCUCGAAGGCCACGGCCAAUCCCACGGCCUCAGGGCCUUCGUCCCCGAUGUCCAUCUCUUGGUCCAAGACUGCCUCGCUUUCUUCACCCUGGUCAAGCAGCAAGAAACCCAAUUUCUAAACGUCCCCUGUUUUCUCUACGGCGAGUCCAUGGGCGGCGCCAUUUGCCUUCUGAUCCACUUCGCGGAGCCGGAAGCUUUUCAAGAUCAAACACUUUUCACAUUUCCAGAGACUAGGGCCACAACUGAUGGCAGGAAAAUUGCUGAUGUGCUUGUUGAGCAGAACAUUGUCCCCGGCAUUAAGGUCGACGAGGGUCUAGUUCCUUUGGCCGGAUCAAACAACGAGUCAUGGUGCCAAGGUCUUGAUGGCCUUGCCUCUCGCUCUGCUGCUUAUUACCAACAGGGUGCUCGUUUUGCAAAAUGA